AUGUUUAAUCUUUUAGAAAAUAUUUUAUUUAUCUUAUUUAUCUUAUUAACUGUAGCUUAUUUAACUGUAGCUGAACGUAAGACAAUAGGAUAUAUGCAACGUCGUUUAGGACCUAAUGCUGUUGGUUAUUAUGGUUUAUUAAUGGCUAUUGCUGAUGCUGUUAAACUUCUUAUUAAAGAAUCAGUAACACCAUCACGUGCUAGUGGUGAAUUUGAAAUUGGACCUGAAAUUACAUUAACAAGUGCUUUAUUAUUACUUGAUUCUAAAUUCUCUUUAUUAGGUUCUAUUAGAGCUACAGCUCAAUUAAUUAGUUAUGAAUUAGUAUUAACAACUUUAGUUUUAAUUGUUGUAUUACUUACAGGUUCAUUAGAUUUAACUGUAGUAGUUGAAGCUCAACUAUUCUUUAUUGCAUCAGUAGCUGAAACUAAUCGUCCACCAUUUGAUUUAACAGAAUGUGAGUCAGAAUUAGUUAGUGGUCAUAUAACAGAAUUAAGUGCUUCAUCAUUUGUAUUCUUCUUCUUAGCUGAAUAUAUGUCUAUUGUAUACAUGUGUGUAUUAUGUAGUUUAUUAUAUUUAGGUGGUUAUUUAUUCCCUAUUAGUAUGCCUGAUUUAUUCCCUAUUGAAAUAAUGUUUGAUUCAUUAUCUUUAGGUUUUAAAUCAUGUUUAUUAAUGUAUAGUUUUGUAUGA